GAAGAGGCCAGUUGCAUUUGAAUGGUGAAAAGCGGGCUUUAGGUAGGUCGCGUUUCAGUAGGAAACAGAGAGCGUCACCAUAAAGUUUCUGGGACACGCCGAAAGAAACUUCAAAAUACGACCUACAUUGCCGAGAAAACAUUCAAGCUGUCACCAUGUCGCAGAAACAGAUCUACUACUCCGACAAAUAUGACGAUGAAAAAUAUGAAUACAGACAUGUCAUGUUGCCCAAGGAUAUUGCCAAACGUGUACCAAAGACUCAUUUAAUGUCGGAGUCCGAAUGGAGGAACCUUGGCGUGCAGCAGAGCCAAGGAUGGGUUCAUUAUAUGAUUCACCAGCCAGAGCCACACAUUUUGCUCUUCAGGAGGCCUCUUGCCAAUCAAAAAUGAAGAAGGCGGUGGGGAAAAAAAAUAAGAGCACCCCACCUGGGAUCGAGUCCCUACUCAAGUGACGUCUCGCUCUUAAAUGUACAGUCGUUGUGAUGCUGUUGGAUUACAAACCUCUUGCGUUGUGGUGGCCUGAUUUUGAAAUGUGGGAGGUUCACGUCAUGGACUCAAAAGGAUGGAAGAAAAUAAGAGUUGCCUCACUUUUGAUGGAAAAAAGACUUCUGCACAUUUAGUUGUCUAACCUUUUUUUGUUGUUUCCAUUUUUUUUUUUUUUUUUUAAACUUGUCAAUACUCGGUUAUGCUCUGAAGAAAAAGCCGCCCAAUAUUUUUUGGAUUAUGUUCCCCAUGAAACAUCGAUGUGCUGCUUUAAGUGACAUGUUGCUGCUGGAUGGAAAUGAACAUCACUGAUUUUUGUCAUGUACACGGAAAGCUACAUUGCUGAAUUAAGUUGUCUUAAGAAAAAAAAUCCUGCGAGAGAUCAGGACCAUGGAACCUUGGCUUAUUGUGAACACGAGCUGCUUGGUAUUUAUGAUUUGCUUGUCAUUUCUGAAAUAAAUGUCAUAUUUUAAAA